GACUCCGAGUCCAACAGCCACACAAAUACCACUUCGUUUCCCAAAGCAAUUGCUGACCAGUCCGCUCCCAAUUCAGGCCAAAAUAAACCAGAGAAAAGAACUCUCAAGAAAACUCACCUCUUUCUCACCUCACAAACCGCCACAAUGUCCGCCAAGUCCAUCCUCGAGGCCGACGGCAAGGCCAUCCUCAACUACCACCUCACCCGCGCUCCCGUCAUCAAGGCCUCUCCUCUUCCCGUCCCCACCAAGCACAACCCUCCCCCCAGGUUGUGCUCUCUGCACUUCCCUGAGGAUGCCGACGUAAUGGAUGUCCUCAACCAGGCUGAGGUCACCUACCCCUGGGUUCUCCAGCCCGGUGUCAAGUUCGUCGCCAAGCCCGAUCAAUUGAUCAAGCGCCGUGGCAAGAGCGGUCUCCUGGCCCUCAACAAGACCUGGCCCGAGGCCAAGGCCUGGAUCGCCGAGCGUGCUGGUAAGGAGCAGAAGGUCGAGACCGUCACUGGUGUCCUGCGCCAAUUCCUCGUCGAGCCCUUUGUUCCUCACCCCCAAGACACCGAGUACUACAUCAACAUCAUGUCCGUCAGAGAUGGCGACUGGAUUCUCUUCACCCACGAGGGUGGUGUUGAUGUCGGUGAUGUUGACGCCAAGGCUGAGAAGCUCUUGAUCCCCGUCGACCUUUCACAAUACCCUUCCAACGACGAGAUCGCCGCGGCUCUGUUGAAGAAGGUCCCCAAGGGUGUUCACAACGUGCUGGUUGACUUCAUCACCCGGUUGUACGCCGUCUACGUCGAGUGCCAGUUCACCUACCUCGAGAUCAACCCCCUCGUUGUCAUCCCCAACGAGGAUGCCACCUCCGCCUCUGUGCACUUCCUCGAUCUUGCUGCCAAGCUCGACCAGACUGCCGACUUCGAGUGCGGUGUCAAGUGGGCUAUUGCCCGCUCCCCCGCCGCUCUCGGCCUGACCAACGUUGCCGCCGCCAACGGCGAGAAGGUCAACAUCGAUGCCGGCCCGCCGAUGGAGUUCCCCGCUCCCUUCGGUCGUGAGCUGACCAAGGAGGAGGCCUACAUCGCCGACCUUGACGCCAAGACCGGUGCCUCCCUCAAGCUUACCGUCCUCAACCCCAACGGACGUAUCUGGACUCUUGUCGCUGGUGGUGGUGCUUCCGUCGUCUACGCCGAUGCCAUUGCCUCUUCCGGCUUCGCCGACGAGCUCGCCAACUACGGUGAGUACUCUGGUGCUCCCACCGAGUCUCAGACCUACCACUACGCUCGCACCGUCCUCGACCUCAUGCUCCGCGCUCCCCUGACCGAGGAGGGCAAGGUCCUCUUCAUCGGUGGUGGUAUUGCCAACUUCACCAACGUCGCCAGCACAUUCAAGGGUGUCAUCCGCGCCCUCCGCGACUACGCCAAGCAGCUCAACGAGCACAAGUGCCAGAUCUGGGUCCGUCGUGCCGGCCCCAACUACCAGGAGGGUCUCAAGAACAUGAAGGCUGCCACUCAAGAACUUGGCCUGAACGCCAAGAUCUUCGGCCCCGAGAUGCACGUCUCCGGUAUCGUGCCCUUGGCCCUCGUCCCCGGCAGAUGGGAGGCCAGCGGUGUUGAGGAGUUCAAGGCUUAAACGGUAUAAAUGAAAUGAAAUAUGUGUGUUUGGGGGAGUGGACUUGGGAGAGCCAUAGUUCAGGUAUCAUCAUGGGUUUAGACGAAAGGAAAGUUUUUGCCUGGUACUUGAGAGAGAAUUGGCAUCUUGCCCACUUUCUUGUACGCUUGCAAGUUUACGGUGUUUAUGACGGCUGGUGCAACAAAUGCUCUUGACGGGAAGGUCGAGGGCCGGGUCCUUGUAUCGUAUGUAUGGAGGG